AUGUCUAAGUUUUGGCUUUUGAAAGCCGAACCUGAUUCCCGGAUAGUCAAAGGCAAGGAUGUAAAGUUCAGUGUAGAUGACUUUGAGAAAAUUCAGACCACCGCAUGGGAGGGCGUACGCAAUUACGAGGCACGAAAUCUCAUGAAGGAAAUGAAAGUCGGGGACAUGGCUGUAUUUUACCAUUCGAAUUGCAAGGUUCCUGGUAUUGCUGCGCUUGCUAAGGUUUCCAAAGAAGCAUACCCUGAUUAUACCGCUUGGGAUCUGUACGUACCUCUCAAUGUCGUCCAAUCGGCCCUUGUCAACUAUCAUCGCUCAGAAAACACCCUUAUUAUGACGCCGUCAAAAACAGACAAAGAAAACCCCAAAUGGUAUAUGGUCGACUUGACGUUUGUAGAGCGAGCGAAGAAUUUUAUCCCACUCGCUCUGUUACGGUACAUCGGUGAUAUUCCCUCAACCACUCCGCCACCCGAACUAGAGUACGUCGGAGAAGACGGUAUCAGUGCCAUCAAGGGCAUGGAUCUAGUCACUCGCGGGAGAUUGAGCGUGCAACGAGUCUCUGAGGAGGCCUGGAAUACCAUACAGCUUCUCGCCAAACGAGGCGGAUGGGAAGGUCUGAACCUCAAAUCCCCCCAGAAGAAAGCAACGAAGGCGAUGGUCGAAAAUAAACGGAAAGGCAAAACAACCCAACGUAAAGACGUCGAUGAACAGCAUGUAGCCGAGGAAGUAGCUUCUGAUGCAGCGGAGACAUCGCCUCCCCGCGCCCCUGGCCGCAAGCGCAAGCGAGAGGCCGCGAACAUAGACCCAGAAGCUGUUGAAGGAGACUCAGAGGCCAGGCCGCUUCGACGGUCCGGACGUUUUAGGAAGUAA